UGGAUUACAGGUAAAGAAGCAGUGAAAAAUCUCAGCUGUUUUUGGCAGUUUACAGAAUAUAUAAACUGCACUUGGGAGCUCCGAGCAGACGCUCCACGCAACGUUCAGUAUAGAUUGCUUUAUUGGAAUGAAGGUUCUAACGCUUUGCCUGAAUCCACACAGUUUGAAGAUUUAUUACGCACUGGAAAUGAAUGUCAGGAAUAUUAUACUUCUGGUGGAAUGCGUUUAGGAUGCAAGUUCACAUAUGAGUACAGCCUUAAAGAUCAUAAGAGGUUAAUGUUCAUGGUAACAGACACAUUGCACAGUGUAAGACCUUACUUCUACUAUACAGCAGUCAGACACAUAGCAAAGCUCAAAAGUCCAAAUAUAACUAAUGUGUCUGAACCAAUAAAUAAUGUUAUCGAUGUAACCUGGACUGCAUUACCUGGUCUGGACCUCCUGUUUGAGGUUCUGGUGUCCUCUGAUACAUGGAGUCUCCCACAUACGGUAAAUCGUGACACCCAUGUAACAAUAACCAUCCCUCACGCCGAUGACACAUUCAGAGUCAAAGUACGGGCUAAGUUAUCAGGCAAUAUAGCUACAAGUGUAUUCUGGAGUGAAUGGAGUCAAGAAUGGAUCGUUCUGGGCAAAAACAAAACGACAACAUCUGUAUUGCUAUUCCUCCUGAUUCCUGCUGCUGUUCUUGUGGCUGCAGUCGUACUGCUUGUCUUCCUGAAAAGACUGAAGAUUUUGAUUUGCCCUCCGAUUCCUCACCCUGGAAAGAUGUUCCAAAAUGAUGUACAGCAUUGGCUCAGGGGUGACAGACCUGCAACUGUCUAUGAUCAACCACUGACUGAGGAAAUAACUGCAGUGACUGCAAUUGAAGCUUAAAAAGACAUUCAAUUUUUGAUGCAGAGUAAAUUUUGGCGCUUCAUUUGUUGAAACGAAGAGCGUGAAGACAUCCUGUUGACGCUGCAGACGCUACAUCCAAAGCGGAACCAUUAGAGCCACCAGUCAUAUUGAAUCGCACAGAAGGCCACUGGUAAAAUGGGUCUGUACUGUAAAGUUAAAGAGGACCUUUCAUGGGUCCAGACUUUAUAAGAGAAGUAGCACGUUAGGUAGGGCAUAAAGCAGGGAUCCUAUAGUGCUUACUAUUAUUCCUGGGCGCCGCUCCGUUCGCCCGCUGUGCCCUCCGGUAUUUUCGCGCGCUCAGUAUACUAAUUACUAGCAUUGGAACAGGAAGGAGGAGGCGCCAAGGAAAACACCUCCCUGGCUGUGACGCUCUGCGAUUGGACAGGGAGAAGGAGACGCCCACUGAGAAAGACUCGGUCUCCUCCUCAUUGUUCCGAUACUCCUCAUUAUAAUACAAGGUGCCAAAAUCAACGGGGGAAACCACAGCAGACUAACGAGGGGAUCUUUUGGGAAAAAAAAACUAAAAAAACUGCCAUGGCAUCAGUGGGGGCCGCCCUAUAAUGUAACACCCUAAUUAGACUUUUGCAAAACUGAUGAAAGGUCCUUUUUAACUAUGUAGUGACCUGCUCAGCAUGUGGCACCACAGGUAACAUACUGGAAUUGGGAAACAGCUCCUGAAGUAUCACCGCAUUGCUCAUAAGGUAUAGAGUAAGCGCAGGCAUGUCCAAACUGCGGCCCUCCAGCUGUUGCAAAACUACAACUCCCAGCAUGCCCUAAUAGCUGUAAGCUAUCCAGGCAUGCUGGGAGUUGUAGUUUUGGAACAGCUGGAGAGCCGCAGUUUGGACAUGCCUGGAGUAGGGUAAUGCACGCCCAUGCCCAUGUUCUUGUGUACACAGAUUGCCUUUAUCGGUCACAAAUGCAGGAUAUGGGCAGAGCACAGUAAUCAUUGAGAUUGUUCACAGCAGCAGGAGAUGAGUGUUCUGGCCUCGGGAGGAGUCAAUGACCUUUCAUUAUGUUUUUGGUGACACGUUGCUUGUAACUGCGACAGAAAUGAUCAAAGGCAGGAACUAAAAGCAAUUGAGAAGUCACGAAGAUACAAACUCAUUAAAACAAAUGUCUCCUGUAGCUGACAGUCUGUAUCUUUUUGAUAUUUUUCAUUUCUAACAUUUUAUGAGAGUAACAAUUUAUCUCCCGAAACAGACGUUACCGUAUGGACGAAGGGAGUGCUCAUCCAGCCCCUCUCACCAGUGAUUGAUGGCUGCCUCGCACGCGUCCAGAGGUGAUGGGAGCAUCCCUUCAUAUACUGUCCGCUGUAUUGUUUCACCUAUUAGAAUUUUUUUUGUGCCAUUUGAGCUAAUAGUAGACCAGGCCUGUCCCCAUGCUAAGCUGACUUUAAAGGGGCUUUCCAAGAUAUCCUCUGGAUAGAUCAUCAGUUUCUGAUCGUUGGGGGUCCGACACCCGGGAUCCCCGCUGAUCAACUGUUUGAGAAGUCACUGGUGAUAAAAGUAGCGCCUUGACUUUCUCGAAACUUUGCCUUGGCCAUGUGACGUCACAUUAAUCGGUCACAUGGCCUAGGCGCAGCUCAGCCUCAUUGAAGUGAAUGGGGCUGAGGUGGGAUACCAAGCACAGCCGCUAUACAAUAUGGAGCUGUACUUGGGGAG